GUAAUAACUGUGCGUGCGUGCCGUACGCCGAAGCGUGUUACUCGUACUUGGUUGUACAGGCGAGGACGAGGGGCCGAUAAAAAAAAUCUCGUUCCGUUUCGGAGAUGUUCCCCGACAGGGUUAUGCCGGACGGGGACCGCGUACGGUAGCUUUCUUUUUUUUCCUCCAUUCAUGAAACAGGGAACGGUUAUUCAUUAAAGAGGGCCUAAAUGUGUCCAAGAAAUAUCGGCGUGUCGAGGGAAAGGCAGACGACUGCACGCGAUCCGCCGUACCUGACAGUCCACGCGGUCCGGCCCCCAAAACACUUUCGUCUCGCUAUAUACACACGAGAAAUCGCGUCGCGUUUCAUUCACAACGCGAGCGCCACUGGCAAUGUCGGGAAGUGACAGCCCAACAUUCUUUCACGGCCAGCCCUGGUCCAGCUGGAUCGAAAGAAUAGGACGAGACAAGCCGUUGAGUGAUGACGAAGCAGAAGGUCAGCACUCCACCUCAGUCACACGCCUUGCGGCAGAAGACAUUGAUUUAUAUGGAUUCUGCCCUGAAAGAGAUACUUUUUACACCGUUGUAUGUGAAACAUGUCAUGCCAUAGUCAAACCACAAGCCCUUAUUCAACAUAUGGAAAGUCGUCAUCCUUCCGGCACAGUCAGUUUUCCGCCUCCCACCACCCCUGCAGUCAAGCCACCCGUGAAAACGCCGUAUUGCAAAGUGUCGAAGCUGAAGAAGACGCAGCCGCCGCCGCAGAUCACCACCGGGAAUAAGAUAAACCACACGAGCGUGAAACGAGCCGGCGAACAGCCGAUAGUGCCGACGAGCUUGCCGUCGUCGCUGCCGGUCGCAACGUCACCGCGGUCGCCGCUCGAGUCCCUUCCGGUUCAAACGUCAACGAACUCGUCGACGGGGCCGACGGUCUCCUCGAGUCCUGUGAAAAGUCCGGGUACAGCUGGCCAGCAGCAGCCACGUCGCAAGAGGCUUAAAACGGACCGGUCGUUGCUCAAGGACCGCGAGUACGACCCGGACCGGCACUGCGGUGUCUGGAACGACGAGACCGGCAAGCCUUGCACCAGGUCGCUCACCUGCAAGGCGCACACGGUCUCGCUGCGACGGACAGUCCUCGGUCGGAGCAAAACCUUCGACAAGCUUCUCGCGGAACACCGGGCGUCGAAGGAGGUGCCGAACCGGCCAACGAAAGUAACCGUGACCGGCACUGUCACCGUCUCGUCAGCUACCUCCAACCUCAACCCUUUGACACCCAACACCCCUGGGCUGAACGCCGACGCGGAAGCGCCCAGUUCGCCACCUGUUCUCUCGCUGCCAGACACGUAUCCACUGCCAAAGGCUGUUGAUUUGCUUUAUCGGUGUCUGGCCCCGCAUGGCUCCACUAAACCUACCAAGCUCGAAGAGGACUUCGCGAACGAGGAGCUGAGGAGCCUGGAGUCGUCGAUAGUGAACUCGACCGGUUCCUCGCAGUCUAGCUCGAUAAUGGGUCCUAUAUCGGUGGUGCUGCCGUCGCUGUCGCCGUUGCCGGCGACCAGCAACGAGGAGCCGUCCUCGUCGGUCGCGACGCUGAUACCGAGCACGGCGUCCCCGGCGAUACCGGUUGUGCCAGCAACACUGCCAGCCACAUGCACACAGCCGCCGUUGGUCACGACCGUCCUGGAGGCGGAGACGCCGGUCGACAUUGAUCCGGAAGCGGCGACGACCAUCUACUCCCCUGUCUACAAGGAUAAGUCGCAGCUGGUCGUGCAGCUACCGCGAUCGAACAACAUCGUUCACUCGCCGUUGUCUAGGAGUUACCAGGUGCAGGCCUCGAUGCCGAGCCUGAUAUUCGAGCCGAUGGAGCAGCUCGAGCAGCUCGAGCAAUUGGAGCAGCUGGAGCAGCUCGAACAGCAGCAGCAACACCCGCCCCAGAUCAACGGGAAGAGACUGAACCACACGGCGGCCCACCUGAGCCCCGUGAACCAGCGACAGUCGAAGAGGACCAAACACGACUACCAGCAGGACCUGUCCACGACGGCGAUACAGGUCGAGGCGACGACCGCGUCAUCGCCUUAUCCCCAUUUCGGGGACAUAUCUUGGUCGAACUGUCACCCGGAGCCACUGGCGGUCAGCCGGUGGCUUCGUAUCUCGUCCAGCCGUAAGCAGUACAACUUUAAUAUUCACUGACACAAGACCCCACCCACUCCAGGCUGAGGACCGCGGUCGACGGGCCUUUAUCUCUACCUCCUGUUACAUCGUUCGGCAUCCUCUCUCACGUGGUCGCACUCGCCGCCGUAGACGCGCGGAAGCCCGGGUCCGAAAGCCUGUCGAGAUUGGGGGCAAGUCUUUGAUAAUUGUGUCUUUGGUGGAAAAAGAGAAUAUGUCGAUGUCGAGUCAGCAUGCGCACGGUGUAAACGCGCGGCCGAUGUCCCGACGGGACUCGCGCGCCGUCGUCCUGUGCAUGGAUGUACGCCCUGUGACCGGGCGCUAGCUGUUCUAUCGCACGUGUCGCCUGUAGAGAUGUGUGUUUACCGCACGCCGACGUUACUCGCGCAGAGCGAGGAUCGCGAUUGUCCUCGCGAACGUUCCUCGGCUCGGCUGAGAAGCUCGCGUUCCGGUUUGUUCAUGGUUUCAGUGUGAUUUCACUCGGUGAUAGAUUGCAGGAUUUAUUAAGCGGAUAUAGGUAGACGCGAAGGAGCACACUGAAAGAUAGGUUUCGCGAAUCGUAGGGUUAGUUCGACGGAUCGAACCGUAGUGUAAUACGAUGCGGAGGUUGCCUUUGGAUCCGCGCGAGGGAACUUCUCGGCCGAGCCGAUGGGACGGUUGAGGAUCGAUGUACGUCGCUCCGUUGGAAGUUAGGAAAAUAAUUCGGGACGGUUCGUUUCGAGGGAACGAGGUUUCGCGGCGGGGGUAUUAGUUCCGGUAAUUUAUCGUAGAUCACCGCGCCACGACGGAAGAUCGGUUUUCAUUGUUACUAACGAGUUUUGUAUUCCACGAAAGCAGUGCCCACUUGUAUCGGGUUACGCGUCCCAUCGAAAAAACAUUCCCCGUGUUCUCCCGAUAACGCGCGCAGCACCGACCCCGUUAUCCUCCAAGGACCGGCAUCUUUGUAUCAACGAUGCUCCCCUCGUCGCGACAGGGUGUUCCAGAAUUCGUGGUCCGACCCGACAUCCGCGGAACAGAGUGUACCGAGAACGUCGGUUAAUGUGUUCUUUCCUUUCCUCUUUUUUCUUUUUUUAAUUAAUUUAAUGGUUUACGUUCGUCAACGUAGGAAUUGUAUUAUUUAAUUGAUGUGUGUCGGCGCCGGCCGACAUCAAUGCGUAGCUGUAAUUAAUGUUCGCGAUCCGAGGACGAGAAUUACGCGAUCCGCGAACGACGAGUAGAAUCGAUCGGAUUCUCUGUACGAUUUCUGUUAUCCUCUGAUUUCCUUCUUUUUUUUAACGAUGAAUUCAUUCAUUCUCGGCCUGUACCACGUGUUUUGCGCCACCCUGUAGUUUCGCCGUGCAAAGUCGAUUGACAAUAGCGAAUCCUCUUAGAGUAUUACAUCAUCAAGUAGCUUCGGCUACCGACUGAUAAAUUCAUUUUCACGACGAUGAUUUUCCUUCGCGAGAUCAUCGGAGCAUCGUCUAUCAUCCGUUCAACUUAAUAUUGGAGCAGUGCCGGCGCUUCCUCAUUGAUCCAUUUUGCGCCGAGCAGAACCGUUCCUACUCGCGAUGCGAGCCCCGAGCAAAAGUUUCUGACGGCUUACUCACGCUGAAAGCACCUAGAUAUCAAAGCAUACGCAUUCUUGCCUUUUUUUUUAGUGGAAAUAUCAUUCAAUCAUCACUCGAGCUCAAUACAAAACGAUCCUGAUUGCAAAUUUUACAAAGUUCCUGAGAAAGCGUUUCUUUUUUAUUCAGGCUAAGAGAACCCCUGUGUAACAUUAUAAUAUUUCCAUUAAAAAAUGCGCAACAUUCGAGAGAGAGACAGAGAGAACUCAACAAGUCAUUCUGUAUUAAGAAGCUUAUAAGUAUCCCUUAAGAGGAUUAUUUCCGGAGGAUAUCAGAGCAAAGAAAUAAAGGGUGCAAAGGGAAGCAGAAGGAUUGCAUCUCGCGAUAAAGAAAACGAUUAUUAUCCGUGACAGAGAACUUCGGUAGCUUAUGUCUCUCGUCACGGCAGAUGUGACCUUUUCACAGUAAUCGUUCGCGAAGAGCGUGAAAUUAAUACUAAACAAAAUCGUCUCUCACUGCUUCGCUUUCGCGACACGUGUCUCGUAGUAACGAAAGCAAAAUGGCGUCCCUAGGAAUCUAAUCUCUUUGUACUAGACUUUUAAUUUCGCCGGUAACAUUUAGUGAAAUAAGCGGCCACGUUACGCAGGGGUUGACUUUUACUCUAAUCUCAAGGUGAAUGGAUGAUACACGGUCAUCGAUAAAGGUAUAAUCGGGUGGUAAACCAAUUAAGGUCACGAAUCACGCGUUCACCGGUCGAGCCCGUACCUUACGUCGAUCAACCGAUACGGUUUCUCAGCGGAGAUAGGUUUCGGCUCUAGUUGCAUUUCGUCGCGCAGUUUCAUCCGGGACACAGAGACGCCCGGCGUUCGCGGGGCCGAAGUUCUUCCGUUCAGACCGAACGGACGAUUCCAUUCGCGGAACUCGACUCGGCUCCCGCGUCGCGACCGGUCUCACGAACUCGCAAACGUGUGCAGUGUGCAUCGACGAUUUGUAAACCGCGCAGCUUGGACACCGACACUCUUUUUUUUUGUAAAUAGGAGACAACUAUGAGAGCCACGGGGAAACCGUCUUGUAAAUAGCCCGAUAGAAAGGACGGAGUCGCGCAAGAAGGAUCGGAAACAGGAAGUCUCGCGCGCGCGAAGGACUGCGCUGGGUUUCUCGAAGAUAUGUUGGAACCUUAGAGCGUGCCGCGCCCAACGCGCGAUCGUCAAGUAGUUGCAACAGUCGAAACGGCACUGUUACCGCUUCGCCGACGAUUCCGCGAACGCGAUCUCCCUGGAACGUAGCUCCGUACGUUUACUUAAAAUACUCGUUUCUUAAUGUUCUGUGAUCGACUAAAGAAAAGCUAUUAACGACGAAAAAACUGAAUGAUCAUCGGUUGAGAUAACCGUGCUCUUACUUUCCGAGUAGCAACUUUGCUUCUGUAAAUAUCGCGUAGUUUACAGGAAACGUCGUCGGUUCGUUUUUGUAACUAAAUGUAUGGCUGUGAAAGUGUUAGCGACACGAUCAGCUUCAACGAUGGAUUUCACGGUAAAUAGAUUGCGAUCGUCGUGUCGUGGACGUGGGGAGAUCGAAUACGACGGUCCGGAUAGUUUCGAUUAUCGGUAGUCGCUCGAAAAAUGUUGAUUUUCAAGAAAAUAUUGUAAAAAAAUUGUACACCCUUAAUCGCAUAACGUUACCUUACGAUUUGUCUUAAAGGUGACAAGGUACCGUCGACAAGGUGCGAGGGUUAAUUAAUUUUUCGCCUCGUGCGAGAAAUCGAUGCACGUUCUUGGUUCCAACACGUUUCCCUGGGCCCGAUCUAGUCCUUUGGGAACUCAUGCUUCACGAUUCGGUCCGCGGACGGAGGGUCUCUCGCCUGUACAUACGUAUAUCAUAGUAUACAUAUACAUAUACAUAUAUUUUUUUUAUCGAUCAACGAUCUCUUCAAUAUUUUUACGUAUACAUAUAUAAAUAUAUUAUAAAUAGCCGCAAUACACUCGGUGCGCACCGUCGUUAAUUUCUGUCUCCACGGUUCUGUCCGCUUUCUGUUCGCCGCGUGUACAAUUGUAUCUAGGAGCUCCGAAGGUGUUUUAGCGACUCAUGGUUUCCCGUUGCCGCGACCGUUCGUUAGUUGUAUUUUCUUUCGUGUUCCCUCUCGGUUCACCGGGGGUGAAUCGCGUCAGCGGCGAUUGCUGUCCCUCGGUGUGCAGGGUGUUCUUGAAUCGUAACUGACAAACGGUCUCCGAAACAGCUUCGUUCGUCGGGACGAACGCGAGAGUCUCGAGAGCACCACGGAUCGAUGAAGCGAUCGUCUCGCGAAUUCCCGAGGUCGCCGCAGAAGAAAUUCUCGGAACUCGGAAGCGUCGGGAUGAAACGUAACUUCCGCUCGUUCGACGAACAGUGGAACGAUCGAUCGUCGAUCGUCGACGUUGAGAACGGACGUUACGUGCGACUCGGCCCGCUGAAAAAGA